AUGGAAGUACCACACACAGACACUCAUGCGGUGGAGCAGAACUCGCAUGCAACCAUGGAAUCGCUAAUUUCGCGCAUGUCGCCUGAUGAGCAGCGUCGUGCGGUUGGCGCUGCCCGUUUUGGAUACGGUCCUCUUGCACAUAUCCGCAACACAAACGAGCCCAUGUUAACGGCUUUUGGUGGUGAGAUGCAACCAGGUCUGUACAAAGGUGUUAAAAAUCGCAAGUUCGCCAAUCCUGCACCGCUGGGUCUUUCAGCAUUUGCAUGCACCACAUUUCUUCUUUCCCUCAUCAACUGUGGCACGCUUGGCCUCAACAGUAACGCUGUUGUGAUCGGUCUUGCUUUCGCUUACGGCGGAUUUGUGCAGGUUCUCGCCGGAAUGUGGGAGAUGGCUGUUGGAAACACGUUUGGUGCUACAGCACUUACCUCGUAUGGCGGAUUUUGGAUGGCGUUUGCAAUUUUGCUCACCCCUGGCGGCUUUCAUGUUGAAGAUCAAAUGGUACAAUCCGACGGCACAAGUGGCUUUUUGAAUGGAAUUGGCUUGUUUUUGAUGGCUUGGUUUAUUUUCACAUUCAUCCUGUGCUUGUGUAGCAUCAAGUCUACUGUGAUGUUUUUCCUCUUGUUCUUUACGCUGGAUUUAUGCUUCUUACUUCUUGGUAUCGCGCAUAUUAUGAACGAUGGCACCAAACCAAAUACACCUAUUUUACGAGCGGGCGGCGCAUUUGGUUUGGCAACAUCAUUCUUGGCAUGGUACAAUGCCUUUGCUGGUCUUGCCGACAACAGCAAUUCGUUCAUUAUCGCGCGUGCCAUUUACUUCCCGUGGACUGAUGUGGGCGUUAUGGACUCAAAUCUAUCGGAGAAGGACGACAGUCCAGCGUAG